AUGGAUAUUGAUAUCGUUAAUACUAUAUUACGAUUAUGCACUGAAAAACAAACAUGUCUAUUCGAAGUACCUUUUCUAUGUAAUUAUUGUCUUGAACAACAUUUAUGUAUGAAUUCGAAAUAUAUUCUUGCUAGUAUUAAAAAUUAUAUGGAAAUAUUUAAAAUUAGUCGAGAUAAAAAUCGAAUUGAAUUCUAUAUGCCUUUUGAAAUAUGUCGAAAUAAAUUCAUCAAUGGUAUUUGUCAAAAUGGUGAUACAUUAUGUACAAAUUUUCAUAUAUGUUAUGAUUAUUUUUAUACAAAUUCAUGUCGUUAUUCAAUCAAUUGUCCAUAUCCACAUAUAUUAACAGAAAAAUAUCAUAAAAAUACACUUGGAUCAUUAAUUAAUCUUGAUUUAGAUUUAUUAACUAAAGCUUUUCGAGUUUAUUGUCAAUCUCGAAAACAUUUACUUAAUUAUAAUUCAUCAAAAGGACAACAACAACAACCGAUUGUCAAUUCAUCUUUAAUAAAUAACUCAACACCAUCAUCAUCUAUAACAAAUAAUGGACGAAUGAUAAUAAAUCCACAAAUAGAUGGAAAUUCAUCAUGGAAAACAAAUAAUCGAUUACUUAUUACUUUAAGAACUCUUCCAAAACAACAAACAAUUCCGUCAAAUCCUGACAAAGGUCUUCAAAUAUGUUGGAAACCACAAAAAAAUAUUCAAACACAUUUUAUCGAAGUAAUUUUUAGCAAUGAAACAAAAUCAGAUGGAGGUCCUAUACAAACACAUAAAAUCUAUCAACAUUUAGGUGUUGCACAAGUAUUUUAUCAAAAUUCCGACAUUGUUGAACAAGUUGUUCUACAUGGACCUAUAACAUUUCAAUCAUUUACUUUUACAACACGUCUUUUACAACGAAUAGUUGAUAAACGUCAUAUAUGUUUUUCAAAUAUUCCUAUUGAAACAACUUAUAUUAAAUCAUAUAUUGAUACUGUUUCAAUGCCUUAUACAAAAAAAACUUUUGAAUAUUAUGAAAAUGAUAAACAAACAAUUCUUAUUGAAUAUAAUGAAGAUAUUGAUUUUUCUAAAAUUUCAUUAAAUAUUCGAAAUCAUCCUGAAUGUAAUGGAUCAAUAAUUAAUUGUAUUCAAUUAUAUUAUCCAGAAACAUUAUUAAUCGAAUAUGAUCAAGAAUAUUCUGAAGAUGAUAUUAUUAAAUUAUUUGAUAGGAAAAAAAUUUUCCAUGUGAAAACUUAUUUGUAUUGUUCUUUUGUGCAUUUCUAUUCUCAUGAUGAUCUCGUCCAAUCAAUCAAUAAAACAUUCGAUAAUUUUGUUCGAGUGAUACCAAUUUAUAUUGAUAUAUAUUCAGAACAUUAUUUGAACGAUUAUUUACAACGACGACAAAUGGAAUUUCAACUAAAAUCAACCAACACUUUGCCUAGUCCUUCAUUAAAUAAGAUCACUAAAAAAGAACUAGUAUCUCCUACACCAGAGAUUAAUUCAUCUUCUAAACCUCUACCAACAACACCUAUUUUAUCACCUCCACCUAUUAAUCAACAAAUAGAAAAUUCUUUGGAACUUAAAUCAUCGAUUAAAGAACAAAAUUCUACUUCUAAACAAGAAACAAUAUCAUUAAAUAAUCAAAAUCAAUUAUUUAUUGAAGAAAAAAAAGAUGAAUUAUUGAUAAAUAUUAAUGAAGAUGAAACAUUACCAAGUGAAGAUGAUUUUCAUGAUUUACCAUCAGAUUUUGAUAAUGAUGAUUUAUUUCUUGAUGAAUCAAUUGAUGAUCAAGGUGAUAUGGAAUAUCUUCGUAGUGCAGCAAAAAAUUUAAUGUCAUCAUUAGCUGAAAUGGAAGAAGCUAGUUCAAAUACUGAAACAGAUGAUACACCACAUUCAUUAUUAUAUGGUGAUGAUUAUGUUGUUACAAUAAAAAGUCGUCGAUUUGCAAUAGCUUUUCUUGAUUAUACACAAUUUCGUGUUGAAAAACAACGUAAUCCAGAUAAAUUUCGUUUACUUGCAUCAUUAAAAAAAAUGUCAAAUAAUAAAAAACGAUUAGAUCAUAUAGAAGAACAUGAUCAAACAUUAUCAUCAACGUCUACAAUCGAAAUAAAAACAAAUAAGAAAAAAAGAAAUAAACGUAAUAAAAAGAAAAAAAAUGCAAACAAUAAUGAUGAUAAAGGUAAUCAAUCAUUUAAUAUUGAUCAAAGUCUAUCAUAA